AUGGCAUCUGCAGCUGGAACAUCUUCCAAAAAGACAAGUAAAACUCAUGAUUUAAUUUCCACUUCUCCUUCAAGCCCAAUAAAUGAGCCAUUUCAGGAACCAGAACAAGAGAGUACACGAUUAUCUGACGUACAUACCAACACAUCGGAGGAGCUGAUUGAAUCUGCCACAGCAAUUACUGCAGCUUUUUCCCUUGAGGAAGAUGUAGAACCUUUAGAUGAGUCUGAUAGGACACAAGUAUCAUCUCCUAUAGAAAGUCAAUUUCAAGUGUUGGAGGAUAUACGGACAGGCCUAUCGACAGGGACUACUGAACGUGUGAAUGACAUAGCUAAACAAAUGGAGAACAGACAAGAAAGCUUUCGUGUAACCAUAGACCACCGUCUGCUAAAGAUGGACGAAACACUGGGACGUUUCUCUGAUUAUCUAAGAGACGUAACAACCUCCACUUCUACCGUGUUACAGGGCAUAGAGUCCAAACUAGGUACCAUGAUUGUUGCCUUAAACAAACUUGUGGACAACACUUCGUGCCAUGGAAACACCCUACAAAUCAUGCAGACCAGCCAUAGCCAAACUGCAGCAAAUACAUCUCUAAUAGCUGCACAACUCCAAACUAUGAAUACUAUCAUGUUGAAGAUGUUGAAUAGAGGUGAAUACCUGCGCUGGCUGCACAAAUAA